UUCGCUCACACGUGUUCAGUCGGCCGUCCGCGGAGCAUCAACGACGUGCGCGUUCCUCCCGCGGCCGGACACGCCACACGCGCCGGUCAAGUCGUACGGAGGCGGCGGCGCGCGCGCGCGCGCGAAGACGAUCGCUGCACCACACGCACCCGCGAGACACUCGCACCCACGUACAGUCGGUCGCCGCUGUUGUGGUCCGCGAGCCCCCCGACGAAAUACACUCCAGUCCCGUUCCGCGGAUCGACGGCCGAUACUUUUUUCGGGGAAAUUUUUUUUUUUUAUCAAAUUCAAACCACCUCCCCACCCGCCAACCCGUCGACCCCAGAACCCUUUGCGUUAGCGUUUUAUACCACCCCCUCUCCCCCCCCCUCUCACCACAAUCACAGACUUUUGUCUUCCGCCGUUCCCGAUGGGUUAAGCGCGGCGAAUGACCAUUGUCACCGCCGCCGUCAUCGACAAAAUUACGAUAGUUGCCAUCGCACCAAACACAUGUUAAAGUUUAGUGUUUGGGGUGCCGGCGGCGGAUGCAAGGUCGAAGAGAUGGCGUGGUUUGUACACCGGUAGGGCAAACACGGAGGGGCUGAAGAGCGCCCUGGCCCGGCUUCGGCAGAGGACCUCUGGACAGUCCCAUGAGAACAACACUGCAGAACCCACUCGCCACCAUGCUCAUGCAGGUGGUGGAUGGACUCCAGCCGGCGUUGACGUGGUCAGCGGCACAGGCAAACACCGAAUGGCGGUUCUCGUGAGGAAGUCGGCGCCGGGAUCCCCCACGCCGUCGUCGGCUUCCAGUUACGGUACCGCGUCACCCGGUAACGAUCUCAUCGCUAGCGCGUCCAGCGCACUGCGCCGGCUCCACUUCAAGUCUGCCGGCGCCCAACGCAUGCUCAACCGGACCAAGCAACAGCAACAGCUUCAUCAGCAACAGCAGCAGCAACAGCACCAUCAGAACAUGCAGCACCAACAGCCGCAAUCGCAGCAAUCGUCGCCGGUGCCCAAGCUCAAUGUGUUCGGGUCCAGCUCGGUGUCCAUCGAAUCGUCGGCCACGGUAAAUACCAGCACCGAUUCGUCCGCGGCCACCAUGACCACGGUUACCGACGACACGGAAAACGAGGACAAUUUCGAUAACCCGUUCGAACCGAAAAUGCGCAUCAUUCCGAACCUGUUGGACGAAGUGCUCAACGGCACUCAGUCGUCGUCGUCUGCGGAAAAGGACGACGAGUUCUACAGCGCGUCUAGCACCGAGGAACAACCCAGAGACGACCCAAAGGCAGUAUUCACCGUCCAGGACACCGCACCCGAAGAAUACGAGGACAGCGGCAUGCCGCUGAUGCAGUACACUACGUUGCCGAGUAGCUUCCACCAUCAUCACAACAACAACAACUACAACAACAACAACGACAACAAGACCAACAACAACUACGGCAAAGACGACGGUGGCAUGGAGGAGAAUACCAUCGCGGAAGCCGAGGACUUCCGGGCAGCCGACAAGGACCGGAACGCGGACGACGAUGCGGACAACACGCUGGAAUGGCGCAACAUCAUGAAGCGGCAAGCUCUGCUCGAGAACCUUCACCGAAACACCAUCAUAGCGAACAAGAGAUUAAAACUGCUUUCGAGAAGAUAUGCUAAAAGCCGGUUCGAAGAGGACAGGACUCGGACAGAGAUCGGUCGAAACUCGUCAGGUUUUGCCGCUGAACAGAUGACCAUCGACAGCGAAGACUCUUUCCAAGUUGACAAUGGGUCACCACCCAUUCCUUCGUCACCGACUGGUCUUCCGGGGUCACCUACUUGCGACGACGAAUCGUCGCCCACCAAGUCUAAACAGCAUUUUACGUUCCCCACAGUGAACGAAACAGACGAACCUACUGAUGGAACCAAAAGGAGACCGUCGACGGUGUACAGCCGGACGCCAAACUGGAACAACAAGGAACGGAAGAACUCGGCAGUGCUGUUGGACGCGUUGGUCAUCAACAAGAGCCAAUCUGCCGCGGUGGUCAUGUCGGACACCGGACAAGUGGCCACGAUCGUUGUCCAACAGCCGUCGUUGUCGGCCAACUCACCGGAACAGGGGCACGAAGGGUGUCAGACGGCACCUGUCGAACUGCCGAUCGACUUCAACCGAUGGCCCGACUUCGCCAACAGCAUAAGUUCGCAACAGUAUCACGACUUUCAGAUGAAGUAUGGGAGUCCUCACCAUAGCCGAUCACAGAGUGUUCGGACGCCUGGCAGCAAAAGCACAGUACAAUUGCAUUUGGGACCCAAUGGCAUACCCAAAAACCGUUCCAACCAACUUACCUUACCACAACAGAGGUCUAGAGUGGCUAGUAUGCCAAAUACUGGUGUUGAAGAAGAAUAUUAUCGAAUCCGACAGUUUUCAAUCUCUGGAAAAGGGAUCAUCAACCGAGGAGACUCACUAAAAAGUCGGAGAUCAAAAUCCAACAACAGUGUUGCAUCCAGCAAUUCUAGCACGGAACACUUGACGGCCUCCAACUACACUGUGAUCGGCGUCGGCUGCGGUGGCGCUGGCGGUAUAGGUGUAGGUGGCGGCUCCUACCCGGGUUCGGCUAGGACCAGUGCCGGCACGUCGUUGGCGUCUUCCAGAGAGUCCAGCUGCGCCAGCUGUCCAGGCAUCACUCAGCCGUUCCGCAUAGCCAUGUUGGGUGCCACGGGCGUCGGCAAGACGUCGCUGGUGUGUCAGUUCAUGACAUCCGAGUCACUGCACAUUUACGACGCUUCCAUAGACGAAGAUGGAGAAAAAUCUGUUUCUGUAUUAUUGGAUGCAGAAGAGUCAGAGUUAAUUUUUUUGGAUAAAUCUAAUGCGCCGGCGGAUUGUAAUGACGUAUUUGAGGAGUCCCCACAUGCCUAUUGUAUCAUCUACUCGAGAAAUGAUUGGGACAGCUUCAAACAAGCCGAAGAAUGGCUACAAGCUUUGUGGAAAGCAGACGUAGUCAGAAAUAAAGCUGUGAUAUUAGUCGGUAACAAAAACGAUAUUGUAAGACCAAACGUCGUGCCAUCAGGAGUUGGCAAACAAAUGGCCACUCGGUAUGACUGCAAGUUCAUCGAGACGUCGGUGAUCAUCAACUACAAUGUGGACGAAUUACUAGUAGGCAUUCUGACGCAGAUACGAUUGAAGUUGGACCAACCACCGGAACAUGGAGUGACCAGGUCUUCAUCAAUGCGCAAACGCUCCAAGUCACCGUUGGGAAACUGCGGGCCAACAUUCAAGAAAUACAGGGGAUCCCGAACGUCUACCAGCCUCCGGGUGAAGGGAUUGUUAAGCAAGGUGUGGGCCAGAGAUUCCAAGUCGAAGUCGUGCGAAAACCUACACGUGCUCUAAUGACGAAUUCGGAAAAGAAAAAAAAAUUAUAAUUUUUUAUUAUUUAGGUACAUUUUGUAUUUUUCAUAUCAUUGUUUUUUUGCAAAAAAAAAAGCCCCCUUUAAGAAAUAUUUCCCUACAACCUCGGCAAAACGAUCAAAUCCCUAUCGGCGUGUACCGUAUACUAAUAAUUGUAUAUUUCAUAUUAUGUAAUGUUUUUUAUAUUUUUUAUUGCUAUUAUUGUUUUUCCUUUUAUUAUAUUAACAUGUACAGGCUGACCAAACCAAUCAUUGAGAAAUCCUCGCCAAGCACCAUUCCUAGCUUUUGGAUUUAAGUUUAUAAUAAUUACAUUUGAUCAAAAAACACGACAUUUAAAUUCAGCUUCAGCUAUGAAAGCUUAAAUUGUGUAUUACCUAUUUUAAUCAUCUAAUUUCCAAAUACGUCUCCGGAAAGUAAACUGAAUACUAAUGUAUCUACUUGUUGAUAACUUCACAAGAACGGAAGAAACGUACUUUUUUUGUAAAUAUUGGUAGUUAGAUGAUAUCAGAAGUCUAUGACGUAAGCCUCGUUUUGUCUUUUCAUAGGCAAUUGAUUUUUGAGCAAAAAACUCUGAAAUCGGUUCUGAUCAUUACUGGAUGCUAAAUAAUUAUAAGAUUAGUUAAAAUAUUGAUAUAACUUUAAGUCGUAGGAAUAAGUUAAUCCAAGUGCAACUACCAUGAUGACAUGUCUGGGGAUCAUGAAAUAUCGAUUAACGAUAAUAUCUCAGCGCUCAGAUAGGUAGUAGUUUUCUUGGAUACUAUAGACAUAACAUUAAUUUUAAUUUAAUACUAUAAUCAUCUAAUUUUAAAUGGGUUUUGAAUUAUUAUUUCGUUUUAAACGUUACGCGUUUUUUUAUUUGUUGUUUUUACAGUCAUUAUUCUGACGAUAAUGAUGAUGGUUUUAAGGGACCAUUACUGUCAUUAUUAUUACGAUCGCGUUCGUAAACAUACUCAUUUUAUAUUUUAUAAAAUGUUGUUAGAACGCGUAUUUUGUAUUGCCAGCAGAAUCGGGGACCACGUAAUAUUGUUAGAUAGUAGUUGUACGCAAAUACACGUUUUAUUACGUAGGUAUUGUGUACAAAUUAAUUUGCAAGUUAAGGUAGUUUUUUUGUAACUGUAAUAUAUUUCUUUUCUAUUGUUUUCACACUUACCAAACGUUUUUCACGAGUUUUCACGUUCGCUUGAGUACCUACGUUCAUAUUUUUCUCUCAUAUUUCUCAUCGUCGUUUUCUUUGGUCUUUUACAUAGCACCACGCAACAUACGAAAAAAGUGUCAGCACGUGCAAAAUAAAUAAUAUAUAUUAAAAUAAAAAAAAUUUAAUAAUGUUUGAAGUGGUUUGGAAGAUUGGAUUAUUCGUCUUUGAACUCAGAAUUUAAAAAAUAAACCCGGGUCUUGGAAAAUUGUUUUUUUUUCUUUUUACAAAUAAUUAAUUUAAAGUUACUGUAAGCUAUUUAAGCUAUAUGAAUAUGAAUAAUGCGUAUUUUCGUCAAUAUUACUGAAAACGGCAAUUGUACCUAACCAUUUAACAACAUAUGUGUUUUAUUCAAAUGUCUAAUAAAAAUUAAAAGGCACAAAAUAUGUAGAACUAAAAAUACAAAUGUAAUACAUAUUUUUACACUUGCAUGUUUAUUUGAAAAAUAUUUUAAUUAUGGAUGACGUAAACUGUUUCAAAUAAUUAAUAAAACCCAGUUAAAAUAUUUAUCGUUGUAAUAAUUAUGAUGACAUCAAUAUUCUGCAGACCGCCACAACUCGUAAGGAAACCAAUCUGAAACCCUAUCACGUCAUGUACCUACUUAAGCUUAUGUGCAUUUCUCAAUAAGCACAAUCCUUUGACUCGCGUUCACUAACAUACGUUAAAAGUAAACACUCUAAGGCCUAAACACGAUAUAAUAUGUAUGAUACACAGUCUAACACUAAAAUAUUAUACCUAAUCGAUAAAUGAUAAUAGUCACGCCGUAAAAGUUCGUGUUUAGCCUAUAUUAUAAUAUUUUUAGCACUUGAUAAAUUUGGUCAGACCUAAACCUAGUCUCGGCAAUACGAAUUGCCCAGUGCCAGGUGUAAAGUGAUCAACGAACAAGACGUUUAUCAGACUUUAGUUUAAUAAUAUUGUGUGCGUAUUACUCGCUAAUAUGCGUAGGAAUUAUUAAUGCAUUUUAAAGGGUAUAUUUUUCGUAUUGUUUAAAGUUCGUUUAUAGCAUUUUCUUUUAAUAGCAUAAGGUUAUAAUAAAAUAUUAUGGUACUUACCUAGGUACAUAAUAUUGGUAGGUAUAUCGGCUUAAUCAAUUCGUUUCCUCCAUACCUACGAUUCGAAUUGUUUGUGUUUUGUUUUUAUUGCAUAUUAUAUUAUGCACACGAAAAACAAUUCGAAGGACAUCAUACUUGUAUAUGUAUCUCAAAUCUUCCAAAGCUGAUUCUUCUAAAAAUUUUUUCAAUCAUAUCAUUAUAUCAUAAUAUAUAAUAUAUACACAUAUCCAAACGUUGUGUAUAUUAUCUACGCCGUGUUUUGUAUUCAUACUACGUAUUAUUAUUUUAAGUUUGUUUCAUUCACACUCA